CAACAUCAUUGUACUCUCAACAAUUCAAUCAGAAUCAUAUCUGAUUUUAUCACCGAUCAUUCAAAAAGGAUCAUACAAGAUGAAACUUCUAGUUGAAAUUUUCAUUGUGAUGGGCUUAAUUGCUAUCACAUUGGCAAAACCAACAACUCUGGAAGCUGAUGUUAUCGACUCAAUAAAAGAUUCGGAAACUUCAAUAGCUGAUGAAAAGUUAGAAGCAACCCGUGAAAAAAGAGGACUAGUCAUCAGUAGUGCUUAUACUGUUCCAGUAGCCUACACAGCUGCCUAUAGAACUCCUGUCGCAUAUACUUCUGCAUAUACCUAUCCUUACACUUAUUCAGCAGCUUAUCCUUAUUAUAGUGCUGCUUACAGUGCACCUUACUAUUAUGUUUGAUUUUAAAGAUUAUUUCUCCGAUUAUUUUUAUUCAAUUUAAUGUCUGGUUAAAAUGUCUGAUGUAUAUUUACUUGUCCUACUUGUAAUAUAUAAUGUUUUCCCCAUUCAUUGUAAAAAUGUAUAAAAAAGACAAUAAUCAAUAAAAAUAAACUGCAAUAA